UCAACGUGGUCCUGCACGUGACGAGUUCCAUUGGACCAUUCUACACCUAACCCCGCUCUGGUAGAAGAAAAAAAAAAAUUAAACCCCAGCUGUCAUGAAUGGUCUCUUUGGCCAGGAACUCGAUGACAAUUCGUACUCUGAUUAUCGACAACUAUGACUCGUACACAUUCAACCUGUUACAACUGUUCCCAGAACCCUCUAAUGUAGUGAUCAUUCGCAAUGACCAGUUCACAUGGCCACAAUUCGUAUCCAGUGUUUUGCCGCAUUUUGAUAAUAUCGUCAUAUCACCAGGACCGGGUCGUCCGGAGCAUCCGGAUGACUUUGGAUUGUGUACCCCAUUACUACAAGCACAGAAAGAUGGUCCAGAUCAUUUGAGAAUCCCGAUUUUUGGUGUGUGCCUUGGCUAUGAAGGAAUUGCACAUGUUUUUGGCGGAAAGAUCGGGUAUGCACAUCGCAUUAUGCAUGGAAGAAUUUCCCAGAUCGUAAGAACCGAACAAAAAUCUUCAGGCGAUGUGUUAGAUCACCUACCUGUCCCAUUUUGGGCCGUAAGGUAUCAUUCCCUGGUGGUCGAAGCGGAAAGUCUUCCUGCCUGCUUGAAAGUGACAGCAUACUGCAGUGAACAGGAUGCUGAUAUGGAAGCCUUAGAAAGUGCACCUUAUGUCAGCGAUCAAGGAGAAUUGGCCAAUGGCUUGCACAACGAUCCCGCCAAUAUCAUUCCUCAUCCGCCACUUGAAAAUGACGAAACCGUAGACUCCGGCAAAAGAACAUUGAUGGCUUUUAGACAUGAAAGUCUUCCUCUGUGGGGUGUCCAAUUUCACCCCGAAUCUAUCUGUACAGAGUAUGGUGUGCGCAUGAUGUCCAACUUUAGCAAGCUGACACUGGAUUGGAUGGCAAAGGCUGGGAAAAAGCUGAGGAAAGAGCGCAUUCCAAGUAGCAUCCUUAAGCUCUCUGUCGUAGCGGAUGCUAAUAUGGAAAAUGUAAUGGUUGAUGGUAUCCAUAACCACCAUGAGCUUCGCAUCCUACCUGUCGACAUUGAGAAUUUUUCAGUGAAUUCUGGGGAUUUAUUCGAAGAAAUAAUUGCUAGCCAUCAGAAUGAACAAAUACCAAUCACUUGGCUUGAUAGUGCCAUGAAACAAUCUCCCUAUUCCAAGUUCAGCACCCUAGCUGUGGACCCGGCUUUCACCAUUAGUUAUUCAACAUUACAUAAGGAAGUCACCACUACAUCAGGCACUGCUAGUACACGGGAAUAUAUAACAGCCAACGAGACAUUUUACGAUCGCAUUUCCAGCAUCAUGUCCAACUUCAACGCCAUACCUCAAAAAGUAAUUAACGACGGUGGUGAUUGUGCUUUGGAAUCAUUACCUUUCCGAGGUGGAUUGGUGGGUUAUCUUGGAUACGAAAUGAAGAGAGAAAGUUUGGCGGGAUACCAUGUACCAAAGGAGCAAGAGUGCCACUGCCAGAUGCAUGGACCAGAUUCCCCUACAGAGCAGAACUGCUGUCGUUGUCAAGAAAUUCCGGACGCCGCCUUUCAUUUUGUUGACAAAUACUUCGCUUUUGACGUCAAGGAGCGCUAUAUUUAUAUCUGCUGCUUAGUGAAGUGUGGCCAGUCAAAGUUUCCUCAGGUCGGACUCUCCGAAGAAGCAUCUCGAGAUUGGAUGAGGAACAACAAGCAGCUUGUUCUUUCUAUUGCUCAACGACUAGGACAAAGCCAAAUGGAAACAGCUUGCAGUUCGCCGAUCCCAACAAACUCAAGACUGCCAACGCCACCGGAUAACAAACCUAUCUUGAAGGAGGACAUUUUCGAACCGGAUACUACCCAUUCAAAGUAUAUUGACUCUAUCAAAAAAUGCAUUGAGCAAAUUAGGGAAGGUGAAUCCUAUGAACUUUGCUUGACUACUCAGUUUCGACAUGCUUUGCACGAAGACAUUGCUACCAAUGCCUGCGACCCUCAAUUGACCAAGUUGUAUACACGGCACUUAAGACGUAACAAUCCAGCACCUUUCUCUGCUGCUUUGUCGUUUCCCACGUUCAAGAUGAGUCUGAUGGGAUCCAGCCCAGAACGAUUUCUUAAGGUAGACGGCAACGGCAUUGUUGAAAUGAAGCCAAUCAAAGGAACCGUCAAACGCUGCCUCACUUGUGUUUGCGAUGAUCAUCCUGAAAUCGACUGCGAUAUGGAUGAGGAGUGUACACGUCAAACUGCAUUGGAAGAUCAGAGACGCAUGCAGGCCCUUUGGAGUGAUGUCAAAGAACGCGCGGAAAAUCUGAUGAUUGUGGACCUUAUUCGUAAUGACCUUGCUCAUUUUUGCGAACCCAAGACGGUGUCUGUUCCAAAGUUAAUUCACGUUGAGACAUACGAGAAAGUUCAUCACCUUGUUUCUACUGUCUGUGCGCAACUCCGCCCCGACAUUGAUAGUGUCCGUGCGGUUCAAAACAGCUUUCCUCCUGGGUCCAUGACAGGGGCUCCUAAACUGCGUUCUGUUCAAAUUCUCGAUACAUUGGAGCACCACAUUCCUCGCGGCAUUUACUCUGGUUGCCUAGGCUACUUCUCAGCUGGUGAUGCUAACUCUGCGACCGGUAAAGCUACUGCAGAGUUUUCUGUGGUGAUCCGUACAGCUAUUGCCUCCACGAAGGCCACUCAUGUUGAGAUGUCCAUUGGGGCUGGCGGUGCCAUUACCUUCCUUUCAGACCCUGAGAACGAAUGGCGCGAAGUCCUACUCAAGACCAAGAGCGUCGCUCCAAGCGUAGAAGAAUACGUAGAAAAUGCCUAAGAGAAAUGAGGCAAUAGAAGAAAGACGCCAAAAAAUAUACACGCCAUCUUUUUACAUAUAACACACACUUUGUACAGUUCAACACUAAUCGAUAUAUCACGUUCAACACUGCCAUUUACUAGUACCUUUUUUGUUUUUUAUUUUCUCAUCGUCUUGUAAUAAAUCCAAAGUGGUUUUGUCUUCAAUUUUGGGUUCCUUUGAAUGUCAGAGGAUUUAUAUGUUUGACCAUAAUCCGUCAACAUUUUUCCCAUCACAG